GAAGCACGUCAGUGCCCCGAUAUACUCCUACUUUAAUAAUCUUUCCACCUGCAGUGUAGUCCAGCCUGAGAUUCGAGCGGCAAAUUCCACUUCUUUCCUUACAUCUGCAACAACGUCCAGAGUAUUAACCGCAAGCUUCAAAGCAUUUCACGGUAUUCCAGAGAGGUCCCACCAAACAUGGCGAACGUUCAGGAAGUCACCGACGAGUCCUCCUUCGGAUCGACUAUCUCCGCGCUCCCACCGUCGACGCUGGCGGUCAUAUAUUUCCACGCUCCAUGGGCUGCUCCGUGCAAGCAAAUGUCUACAGUUCUCUCUACUCUCGCCAGCACAUAUCCUGCCGAUGCACCUCUUCGGUUCUUCUCCGUCAACGCCGAAGAGCUACCGGAUGUGUCGGAGGCGUACGAUGUGACUGCAGUACCAUAUAUCGUGCUGCAGCGAGAAGGAAAGACUCUAGAGACUGUAUCGGGCUCUGACGCAUCCAAGGUUCGCGCCGCGGUGGAGAAAUAUGCCGGCGCGGGAAGUGGCGACUUGAAUAACACUCUGCCCCCGGCUCAGACUGUCACAAAGCCACCUCAACCCAGCGCGCCCGCCAACCAGUCGGAUGGAACGAAGAAUCUAGCGGCGUAUGCACCGUCAGCCUCGGAACAGCAAACGGCGCCUCAAUAUACCUCGGAGGAGCCGCAGACCAGCAAGGAGGAAUUGUUUAAGAGGCUGGGUGAGCUGACGAAGGCUGCUCCUGUGAUGCUGUUCAUGAAGGGUACACCCAGCGCUCCUCAGUGUGGGUUUAGCAGGCAGACCGUCAGCCUAUUGCGGGAGAGGGGCAUUCGAUAUGGCUUCUUCAACAUAUUGGCCGAUGAUGAGGUUCGGCAGGGGUUGAAGGAAUAUGCGGAUUGGCCCACCUUUCCGCAGCUGUGGGUUGGCGGUGAACUGGUUGGUGGACUGGACAUUGUUCGGGAAGAGUUUGAAAAUGACCCGAACUUCUUGAGCGAGUAUUCUGUGAACGGCCAAAAGGCUUCGGCAGCCGCGUAGGACGUGAAUCGAGAGAAAGGAAUUGUUGGCUUUGGUUUGGUGGAAUGCCAACGAUCUUUUACAGAUUGUUGAAUGAUGUCCUAUCUUGGAAACUUUCCUCCUCCUCCGACCAGUGCUGACCAAUAUUGCGACAAGCCUUGGAGUUGAGAGGCUACGCAAGGAGGUA